AUGAGAGAGGCGGAUCAGUCUGGGCUCCAAGCGCAGCCUCUCGGAAUUCCCCGGGACCCACGGCUUGUAAUGCGCUUAAAUCUCACGCCUGGCCAGAGAGACAGCACGUCAUCAUCACCGCUCAGCGCUCCUGACCCGCUCCCACUCUCGCUGCAGCGGAGGAACAGAGCCCUGGGGAACCCAGGAGCUGUGGAAAGCCAGCUCUCCUUUGUGGCCCAGGAAGCACAGAAAUUCAGCCAGCCAAGAGACAAAGAAAGAGAAGUAAAGCCAGCACAUGGAGAUAAGAAAGUGAACAUAACUUCAGAGCAGUAUCGCCAGGCCCAGAAUGACCAUCAGCCCAGAGCCAUGGGGCUUGCUGGAUGUAGGGGAGUCAGUUUGGGAAGGUGGUGGUCACCAUGCUCAGAGCUGUGCUUGGAAGUGACAAAAAGUGUGCUGGUACAGAAGGCCAAGACCGCUGAGCAGGCUGGUACAGAAAGCCAAGACGGUGAUGAUGUGGCUGCAGCUGGGAAGGCAGCCAUGCCACAGGGGCAUGCACCCCCAACUGAAGACAGCAAUCUGCCCUCUGCCUCCUACAAGAACAUGGUGGGUGCCUGCCAUUCUUCCUGGAUUCUCAUCUCCAACACUGAGCAGGGAACAGGGAGGAACGAGAAGCAGCAGAUGGGCAAAGAGUACCGGAAGACAGAGGCAGAGCUGCUGGACAUCUGCAAUGAGGUUCCAGAGCGGUUGGGCAGGUCUCUUAUUCCCCAUGCUACACAACCUGAAAGCAAGGUGUUCUGCUUGAAAAUGAAGGGAGAUCAUUUCAGGUAUCUUUCUGGGGUGUCGUCUGGAGACAAUAAACAAACUACUCUGUUGAACUCCUGUUACGGGAAGUCAGGAACCCCAAAUGGAGGGACCAGCCGAAGCCGCAGCAGAAGAACAUAAAUUGUGAAGAUUUCAUGGACAUUUAUUAGUUCCCCAAAUUAAUACUUUUAUAA